ACGUGAUCAGUUUUACGUACGUAUGAGGAAAUGGGCCGACGUAAAAAUUAAGCUUCAAACUUAACACCAACAUGGGGAGCUGUGUGAUCGUACAGUGGUCGUUCGUUGCGCUGCUGUGGCUACAAAUCGCAACGGUAACUUCCGAAGUUUCCGUGCAAAAUCUGAGGGACUCACUGGAAGGACCUUUUGGGGUCAUCCGACACCGAACAGCUAACCCUGCGGGAAAGGCCGCAGCGAGGAGACACAUCAUAGCAAAGUUCGAAGAGUAUGGCUUGGACGUGACCGUGCAGAACUUCAAUGGGUCGUCAGGAGAUACCGAUAAACCCGGCACAAACGUCAUCGGCGUAAAGCGCGGGAAAAUGAACGGAACAUCAGACGACAGGAUCGUGGCUGUGGGGGCUCACUACGACACGGUUGCCACAACCCCGGGUGUUGAUGAUGACGGAUCUGGCAUGGCGGCCAUGUUGGAGAUGGCGAGGGUGAUGACGUCAUGUUCCCAGCAGAACUACACCGUCAUCUUCGUCGCGUUUGACAACGAAGAAGUUCCUAUUACCCCAAGUCACGCCAGUGAGCGCCCCUGUGACAUAGGCCGCGGAGCGGACGACUUUGUGUGCUCCUGGCUUCUCCCGUUCCUAAACUCGACAGGACGUCCGGCUGAGUUCCAAGGAAUCUUCAUGUUGGAGACUAUCAUGAACUACGACCUUCGUCCAAACGUGCAAAAUCUUCCCAAUCCUAUUGGAUUCCAAUUAUUUUUCCCGACUCUCUACCGAGAGUUGCAAGCCACGAAUUUCACAGGAAACUUCAUCACACUGAUACGGAAGCCGGAAGAGGAGCGGCUGGUGGCGUCAGUGGUGCAGACUUGGGAGGACAGGGCAAAGGAACCCGUGGGUGCUAUUACCCGUGAUGUCCAACUUCCAAUAACAGGAAAGCCAAGUGUGGCGUUAACGAAUACGUUCUUUGACCUCGUGGGAAGGAGUGACUGUGUGUCAUUCUGGGUACAAGAACCGUACCUGCGCUGUGUGUAUGUGACAGACACAGCUGACUACAGAGGAACCAUGCAGCAGUGUUACCACAGCUCAUGCGACAACGUCACCAGCAUCACUCCAGACAAGCUGACCUUCCUGGCCAAGGUCACGGACUCCAUACUGCAGACGACUAUGAAACUGGCUGAGGUCGAAAAGGACACUUGCACUGACACUACUGGUGAUGCGGAUACUACUGGGGUGACAAGUGCUGCAAGAGAUUCCCACGGAGCAUGGUCCAUCAUACAGCUGCUGAGUGUUCAUGUCUGGAUCUGGUCCAUCUUACAGUACAGCUGUGCUGUACACAUCAUCUAGGAUCUCCCAUUUUUAUCAAUCCACAAGCGUGAUGGUUUAGACAAAUUGAAUUGAAUCAUGUUUUUAAUGAAUCAUUUAGCUUUAAGUUAGUUGUGUGGAGUGUAGACAUUCUUGGAACAAGUUUUUGAAACUUACAUGUACCCACAUGACCCAAGUAGAAUUUGGAGAUGAACAGAACAAAAUUACACUUUGGGUGAUGAAAUUGUAAGCAAAAGAAAUUGUAAAUACUCUCAUGUACAUGUAAGCUAUUUUAUAUUGUAUGAUCAAGUUUCAUGCACUAAAUAGCAAGAAUACAUAUCUGUUUUGUAGAGGAAGUUAUAUAUUUUUAGUGAGGUGAGCUAUCAACCUUACAUGUAACGUUACAUGUAUAUUUGGAGUAGUACCUUUGUGUACCCUUAAACUUAGUUCAAUAGUUAAAUCAUGGACAGGCACAAGGAUGCUGUAACUUUUCUUCGCAUUAAGUUAACUUACAGUAAAUAUUUUUACAGUUAAAUUGAUAUGUCAUUACAGAAAUGAAGGUAUCAUGAUAUAGAAAUUGAAAUCAUCGAGCUAACUUUGCCAACUGUUUUGGCAUGUAUUGCACAGGCACUUUCAACAUAGGCAUCACAGACGAGCACACAUAUGACUGGGCCACUAUUACACUCGUACCGAUAUUUGUAUACAAGUAUCUUAACAUCUUAUUUUCAUUAGCCAUACUUAUAAUUGGUUCAUGCAUGGCUUACAUUGUAUAUAUCUUUACUGUUAUUUUGCAUCUACUCACUGGGUGUGUCGAUUCAACUGAUAAUAAAACUAAAUGGUGUAAUAGUCUUGCAUUGAUAUGCAAUGUGCUUUUAGAUACAAUAAUGUACAACAUGAUACAUUUUGCAUGCAAUUCUCAAUGAACAAUAUUGGGGCAUUACAAUUAUCAUUAAGUUCACAUUCAAUUAUAAUUCCUCUCGUCAGAAUGUAUGCUAGGUAAAAGCAAAAUGGUGAUUACAAUAAAUUACUGGGAGUAUUCACUUUUCACUUUCAGCAUUAGUUAAGGCAAGGACGGUUAAGGUUUGCAAUUUUCUUUAACUGUAAAAUGUAUCUAAAUCAAGCAAAAUAGAGAAAAGAAUAACUCUUGUUAUGAAAUGAAUUUCAAAGGAAAGAAACACAAGGAAGCCUACAGAAUGUUGGAGGAAAUUCUGUACAUUAUGGAAGACAUUAACAUUAUAUUAAGUGUGCAGCUUACACCUCCCUGAAUAAAAUUAUACACCAAUAAAUCAUCAUUAAAAUCCUGACAAAAUA